CAGUACGGCAUACUCGUCAAUGCUACUGCAAUCCUUGCAACACUUGAUCCCCAACAGAACAAGAACUGUCCUGCUCAACCUACCUGCCCCCGAUGGAACGGCUGUGUCUCUACUGCCACUAAUGGUGGUGUCUUCAAACUGAACUGCGCCAUUGACUUCAAUGGUCCCAUCGUUGGCAUUGCCCAGGCCAACAUCUUCGUUGACUGCGCCGAUGCAUGCUCUCGCCACACAUACUGCACUGCCUUCAACAUGAAGGAUAACUUUUGCUACCUUCUCGGCAAGGACUUUGGCGCGCCCCGUAUAUCAUUGGAUAACGUCAAUGCCGGCACCCAGUCUAAGCCAGCGACCGAGUUGGAGCCCGCUCCUGGCAGCUCUGUCUGCGAGACUGACAUCAAGUGCCCUCGCGACGACUACUGCCGCUUCAAGACCAACGGACAGUCCUAUAUCAGCCGCUGCAACUACGACUUCAAUGGUGGCGACAUUGCUAUUAGCCAGACGAAGUCUCUUGGUGAGUGUGCAAAUCUGUGCUCGAUCUUGAAUGGCUGCGUUGCUGCGACUUGGGUUGCUGCAGCUUGGGAUGGUGGGAUGUGCUAUCUCAAGAAUGACAAAUAUAAGGUCGUUUAUAACUCAAAUGUCGAUAGUAAGUUUCUCUACGUUUUGCUGAAGAAGGGUUGA